AUGGCCUCGAACAAGCCCACCAUUCGAAUAGGCUAUGUGCCUGAACACUACCUCACCCCCCUGCACCUCGCCCUCCGCUCGCCCGCCGCAUCCUCCCUCCCCUUCGACAUCUCCCUGGUCGAGUUCCCGUCCGGCACGGGCCACAUGAUCACGUCGCUGCGGGGCAACGAAAUCGACAUCGGCAUCGGUCUGACGGAGGGCUGGGUCGCGGGUCUGACGGGCAAGCAGCAGCUGUACGAGAACAGCGUGUCGGGCGGCUACAAGAUUGUCGGGCAGUGGGUUGAGACGCCGCUGCGGUGGGCGAUCGUGACGGGUCGCGACCGGAAGGAGCUCAACAGCGUCGAUGAUCUGAAGGGGGGGAGAGUGGGAGUGAGUCGGUUGGGGAGCGGCUCCCACAUCAUGUCCUUCGUCCUGCAGCAACAACAAGGCUGGCCCGAAGAUGCGCUGAAGACGGUCGCGCUGGGCCCGUUCGGCGCCCUUCGCGACGGCGUGACGCCGUUCAAGGAAGAAGACCCCAAGCAGGCAGGCAAGCCGGCGGCUGAGUUCUUCAUGUGGGAGCACUUCACGACGAAGCCGUACUUCCACCCGAACGAGCUGAAGCCGAACCCGCCGCUGAAGAAGCUCGGCGAGAUCUACACGCCCUGGCCGUCGUGGCUGAUCGUGGCGUCGACGACGACGUUCCCGGACCCGGAGAAGGACGCCAACCUGGCGCAGCUGUUCAACCUGUUCGACGAGGGCAUCCGGGCGUUCGAGACCAAGCCGGACGAGGUGGUCGAUCUGCUGGCGACGGGGGAGCUGGGCUGCACGUACUCGGAGGAGGAUGCCCGGGAGUGGAUGAAGGACGUGCGGUUUGUGCGCGACACGACGCGCGGGUUGGACCGGAGGAUUGUGGAAAAUGUUGCUGAUGUGCUGAAAAAGGCGGGUGUGAUUCCGCUGGAGAUGAGCAAUGAUGAAGUGGUGGCGAGGGUGACUGGUAUUUCUAAGCAGUAA